AUGUCUGAGCAACAGAAUGCCCCGCACGCUACGUUGGACCAUAUCGUGAUCCUCGUCUCGGCCAGCGACCUGCUACAGCUUCCUGAGCGCCUCAAAGACUCAUUCGUCGUUAGCCCUGGAGGGACUCACGCAGGCGGCGACACAUUCAACAAGCUGAUCCUGUUUGAAGACGGCGUCUACAUUGAGCUCAUCGCAUUCGUCGAGGGCAUCGAUCCCGAACUACGCGCAAAGCACAGAUGGGGAGGCCAGCCGGAGAAUACCAUUGUUGACUGGGCAUACACUCUACCUCAUGAGAGCGACUUUGGAGCAGUUCAGCAGAGAGUGAAGGACGCAAACGCCGGAUUUACGUACAACGACCCGGUGGCAGGAGGCAGGACGAGGCCAGACGGAGUUGUCCUGAAGUGGGCUCUUGGAGUUGCUCAAGAUGCAGACGGCAAUGGAGUAGAACCCGGCCAUCUGCCCUUUUGGUGCCUGGACAGAACUCCAAGAAGCAACCGAGUGCCAUAUGAGGAGGACAAGGCACAGACGCAGCAUCCCUCGGGAGCACACGGCAUUUCUCGACUCCGCCUCAACGUGCCUUCAGGCCAGCUGUCACAGCUUCAGAGCGUGUAUGAUGCUAUUCACAAUGUCGACAACACUGCAGUAAGCGAAAAGGAGUGGCGGUUUAACACGCCAAAUGGCUCAGCGCAAGCACGGCACACGCUCGGUGUGGCCUCAGAAAGCGGGUACAAGAUUAAGCUCGCAUUUAAGGGGAGCGUUGGAAGCCCGUCAUUCCUUGAGUUGCUGCCGAAUAUUGUAGUCAAAUUUGAGGAAUAA